AUGUUACGAGGAAAAUUUGCCCCAACUGUCACUAGCCAAGGCAAAAGGCGCGCCUGGGACACAAUAUCCCAAACAAUCAAUGCCUCUUUUCCACUGGUGGUGCGGACAGGCGACGAUUGUGAGAAAAGGUGGUAUGUGCUGCAGUCCAAGGCAAAAGAUGAGAUUGCAGCACACAAGCGGGAAUCCUCACUCACAGGGGGUGGACCACCCGCAAAGCGGCUGUCCCAGGUGGCCGACACUGUCUUUCAAGUUCUGGGACACUCUGAGGUCAGUGUCACUGGGCUGCCAACAGGCAUUGACACAUCAAUGAUGCAGGCCCUUGAAGUGCAGCAAAGCAUGGAGCCAUCACAAGAACCGGGCCCAUCAAGUUUGCCGAUGAGAUUGCCGCCUGAACCAUCUGCAGCUGCUACUCAGGAUAGCCCGGCGGAUCAAACACCAUUCCCAUCCGCAGCACCUGCUCCGUCAACAUCCCUGCAGGAGAGCAGAUUGCAACUCACAAUUGAUGUGCUUGAACAACAAAAAAAAGUCCUUUCCCUUCAGGAGUACUACCGCCUUAAAAUUGAACACCUAAAAAAUAAACCAUUUACAGAUUGUGUUCUGUGUCUUGCAUUUAACAAUUGCAGGUGA